AUGGACCCAUGGCUCAUGAAUGGAUACCCGCAGCACAUAGAUUUGGGCGACAUCUGCCCUUGGCCUUUGCUGUUGCCGCUGGAAUUCUCGGCCGGCCCCUUGGCCGCUGGACCCGGUCCCAGGAUUGAGUCGGCAGAGCACCUACCCAGACCGCAAUACGACGUGGCACAGUUUGCAGACAUCUAUCCUAAGACGGAUCCUGGCGAUGGUGGUGAUCAUCAUCCGGCCGCGAGCGACCCCACCAUCGGAAUCUGA